AUGAUUCCUCUACUAGUAUUGCUCUUACCUCUAAACGUGAACUGCCUCCAUUGUUACAAAGGGAAAGGAGCAGAAGUUGUGACGGUGGAAGUAAACCCAUCAGCUUUCAUGUGCUCGUUUGAACCCGUAGGACCGUGUGAAUUUCAACACCCUCCUUUAUAUCAUGUGUUCGAUGUGGAUCCCUAUCUCAUGCGGAAAAGGUGGUCAAAAUCUACGGUUGACAACCAAACCAUUUUCGACUGCGUAACGGAAUACCUGAAAACACUUCCUGGCCUACCCCAUCCGGAGACCACGAUUGAAACUUCGACAACGGAUUCCGAGACUACAACUGAAACUUUGAUAACGGAGUCCGUGCAGGACCACACAACUGGAGAUAUACAAUUAGCAAGAGCACAAGCUAGGCACCAAGCGGGCCACUAUGACUACAAAGACUCUAACGAAGAAGCGUUUGACAUCAAUUUCAUAAUUUUCCUGAUCCUUACCAUUGUCGCUGCACUUCUGCUGUUAGCCAUCAUUCCGGCUGUGAUUGCUUGUUACACGGUAAAAUCACUUCGAGAUCGAAACAGAAGUAACAAACAAGCAGAUGACGAAGGCGCAAAAAUCUUGGACAGCGAGAAAACGGAAAAUGAGUCGUUUUUCACGACGAUUAUGAAAUACAAGCGGAACCACGCUGAAUUCCGCAAUCUACGUUUCAAGCUCCACAUCUCCGGUGUGGGUCCCGCACCUCGUCAAAAUCGUGGCGCCGGGCCACUCUCAGAUCGUUGCUCGCGAAUCGAACCAUGUAAAUGGGGAGAACAACACUGUCCACUCACCAGCUGCUACUUUUCUUUCGGACGAGAAAAUUUUUGA